CGCUAACGUCACUAAAAAUAAAAAGAAAUAACAAAAAUACAAAGGAAGAAAUCAGAGAACACUGAACAUAUCCGAAUAAUAUGCUAUAUAUACAAAGAACCUCUCACCACUUGGUUCUUAGGAAAAACACAUUCUCCAAGUGUUUCUCUCCUCUCUUUUCCUAACUCAUUUCUCUUACAUACAACACUAACUUGACAAUUUUUUAUCCUCAAGUAUCCUAAAAUAACUCCAAAACCUUGAUUGUUUUUUCUUGCUCUAAAACCAAAACAAAAACAAAAAUUUGAGAUGGGAUUAAGGAUGUCAGAAUCAGCUAAACCUUACUUUGCAAUGAUCUGUCUUCAGUUCGGAUACGCAGGUAUGAACCUAGUAACUAAAGCUGUGCUUGACCGCGGUAUGAGCCAUUACGUUCUUGUUGCAUACCGCAACGCUUUUGCCACAGCCGCUAUCGCACCCUUCGCUCUUCUCUCCGAAAGGAAAGUGAGAUCAAAGAUGACGUUUCCAAUAUUCAUGCGAAUAUUUCUUCUUGCUCUUCUCGGGCCUGUGAUUGAUCAGAACUUAUACUACAUCGGUCUGAAACUCACAUCACCGACGUUUUCCACCGCCGUUAGCAACAUCGUGCCUGCACUUACCAUUAUCCUUGCCACACUUUUCAGGAUGGAGAAAGUGGAGAUGAGAAAAGUAAGAUGCCUAGUAAAAGUGAUGGGGACUUUAGUGACAGUGGUUGGAUCCAUAUUGAUGAUAUUCUACAAAGGUCCUUUCAUUAAUUUCUUCCGAUCUCACCUCACCCCCGCCUCCUCGCCUCCGACGGCUGACUAUCUUAAGGCUGCCGUCUUCCUACUCAUCGCUUCCCUCUCAUGGGCUUCGUUCUUUGUUCUUCAGGCUGCGACUUUGAAGAAAUACUCAGCCCAUCUCUCGUUGUCAACAAUGGUGUGUUUCAUGGGAACGUUACAGUCUUUAGCCCUGGCCUUCGUAAUGGAACACAAUCCUUCCGCUUUAAACAUCGGUUUUGACAUGAACCUUCUUGCUUCUGCCUACGCGGGAAUAAUGUCAUCGAGCAUAGCUUACUACGUUCAAGGACUUAUGAUGCAGCGAAAAGGACCGGUCUUUGUCACUGCUUUUAACCCUCUUGUCGUCGUCAUUGUCUCCAUCAUGAGCUUCUUCGUUCUCGGUAAAGGAAUCUACCUUGGAGGGGUUAUUGGAGUGGUUGUUUUGACGGUGGGAGUCUACGCCGUGUUAUGGGGCAAACAUGUAGAUGAUGACGGUGCAGAAACAAGCUAUGAAGAUAACGUUUUAGAAGCCGUUAAGUGUUGUAGUGGCAAUAAUAGUCUAAGGAUAAUGCCGAAAAUCGACGAAGCUGAUGAGGAGGAUGUUGAAACCGGAAAAGUAACGGCGGAGAAGGAGUCGUCAGUUCCGGAAGUAGUGGUGGUGGUUUUUUGUAGUGGAAAUGUGGAUAACGUUUCACGACCUAAUUAGAUGGGUUUUUAUUUUUCUUUUUGUUUGAAGUAAAAUUGGGGAGAAGAGUAACUUCUUUUUUUGAUACUUGUAAGUUUGAAUUCCUUUUCCCCUACUUCAGAAGUUUUCUGCUUUAUUUAUAGUUUUGAUUUCUUAUUGUAACUAAGGGAUUCGAUGUACCAUCGAUUUUGAUCGUUGACUAGCUAUAUAAACCCGAGUAAAUAAUCACAUUUGGUAUUAA